UCUUUAGUCCCUGUUCAUGGCGCGAUUCUGUGGGGCGUAUACCCAACCACCCCCACAGUUCCCCAGAGUUUUCUUGAGUGCGAGCAGCAGAAAAUAUUAGAUAGAAGGAUAUAUUGCGAAGAAUAUCGCGGAGAUAGACAGAUAGAAAAUAAAGGACAGCCUCGAGAGAGCCUGGAACCUACUCCAACGGGCCCCGACUGUCUCUGCCCCAGGGUUUUUAUAGAGAUGCCAAGGGGUGGAGCAAAAGACCUCCUCCUCCAGCACAGCCAAGUGCAGACCCUCUCAGACACCUGCACUCAGGCCCGUGGUCCUCAUCAUCCUCUGUGUGGACCUGCUGGGUAAAGCCACGAGGAACCCGAGAACGGGCUCCCACAGUACUCUACUGACGGGCUCGUCUACUUUGCUCUUGGCGGAGGAAUUCUUUACAUAAAUAAUUGAUGUUUGUGGAUGCAACCCCUCUUUGCCUUCUUCUCUCCCUUAGACCGAAAAUAUUCUGGAUUUGAACUAGACACUCCCUCCCUUCUCUCUAACUUCCCCUACUGAUUCCAAAGAAAAUGAAAACAUUUCUCUUUGUUUCUCAGAUCAACACUUAUGGAGCUGAAUGUUUCAGAAUCCCAAGAUGUGACUUCUUCCUCCAUCUCUGACAUUGUGGUUCAGGAGAUUGUCCCACCCAGCUGUUACUGUAAAAAGGGAAAGACUUCGACUGACUACAGCAUGUCCUCUGCAUCAUCCAACAACAGCUCGAGCCUGUCUUAUCUUCCCAUGUUUCCUGAAGGGACAGCUUGGCAAUUCCAGAGUGAUAGUGGACCUGUUUCCUCCCAAAAGGAAGCAUCUAUGCCCAGGAGCCCUGGCACAUCCCUGCCUACUUCUCAGCUGACAGAUCCUGAGAAAUCAGAUCUUUCUCCGAAUUUGGCAGUUCUUCGUCCCUUACAAGCUCAAACUUCCCUCAUUAGCUCUAUUUUAAAUUCCUUAGAUCCUUGGGAACAAGAGAAAACAAAAGAUAAGGGAAAGACUCAUUUUCAAUCAAAUCAUGGGUCAGACUCUGAUUUGGAUGAGAGUCCAGGACCCCUAGUAUGGGCUCCACUCCAGCUCUCUCCUUUGAUCAGAGGAGAACUGGAAGGACAUAUGUCUCAGAAGGUUUCUACUUUGGGACAACAAGUGAUGCCUCUGCCUGUGAAGAAAUCCUGGAACAUACUCAAUCAUUUCAUGGAUGUACAAGGAGUCCCUGAAGAAGAGCUCCCGAAAACUCAGUUACCUACACUCAUCCCUCAGAGUGUUGAGCAAAAUACCAACACAUCUCCAGAUCCUCCAUCAUUUCAUCUCCACAUGAACAUUGGGGUGAAUUCUGAAGUCCAUAGGACGGAAGCAAUCAUUUCACAGCCAUUUCCCUCAAACAGGCAGUCACAACCCGAGGAUGACCGCCAAGAACUUUAG